AUGGCCCCAGUGAAAGAAACCAUCUCACAAACCGGGCGACAGGCAGCACCAGCGGCCAAGAAGCCUAAGCUGGAGGACCUUCCAGAUGAGGAUGGUGAAAACAGUGGUCAGUUGGCUGUAAAACGGAAGCAAACUGUUACGGAUCGAUCCAAACAGUGUCCCUAUCUGGACACAAUCAAUCGACAUCUGCUUGAUUUUGAUUUCGAGAAGCUUUGUUCCGUUUCGCUGACCCGCAUCAACGUUUACGCAUGUCUGGUGUGCGGAAAAUACUUCCAGGGUCGCGGAACUAACACUCACGCGUACACCCAUUCUGUAGCGGAAUCGCACCACGUGUUUCUGAACUUAUCCACUCUGAAAUUUUAUUGUUUGCCGGAUAACUACGAGAUUAUUGAUUCGUCGUUGGACGACAUUAAGUAUGUGCUGGAUCCGGUGUUUACUUUGCGGGACAUUCGCAGCCUGGAUCGGGAAGAUGUGAAGCAAUCACGUACGGUCGACGGUACCUUCUAUCACCCGGGUGUGGUAGGUUUGAACAACAUCAAAGCCAACGAUUACUGCAACGUAAUCCUGCAGGCAUUGUCACACGUGAAACCGAUCCGUGACUUCUUUCUAAUGGAGAAAAACUAUGCCAACAUUAAACGGCCUCCUGGCGAUACGGCCUUUACCUUGGUGCAGCGUUUCGGUGAGCUGUUGCGUAAGUUGUGGAAUCCACGCAACUUUAAGGCACACGUUUCACCACACGAGAUGCUGCAAGCGGUUGUGCUGUGGAGUAACAAGCAGUUCCAGAUCACGAAGCAGGGUGAUCCGAUCGAGUUUCUUUCAUGGUUUUUGCACAGUUUGCAUAAGCAGCUGCGGGGGAAUAAGCAACCGGACUCGUCCGUGAUUAAUCGUAGCUUUUUGGGAGAGAUGAAAAUUUACACACGGAAACUACCACCAACCGAAUUGGAUGAUGUUCAGAAGCAGCUUCUAUUGGCUACGGAUGAAUAUCAGGAAAAGGAAGAAACGUCGACAUUUUUAUAUCUGACGUGUGAUCUUCCCGCGACACCACUGUUCAUCGACGAACUGCGGGAAAACAUUAUCCCACAGGUGAAUCUGUACCAACUGCUGGCCAAGUUUAACUCCAUCUCGGAGAAGGAGUACAAAACGUACAAGGAUAACUUUUUGAAGCGAUUCGAAAUCACUCGCCUGCCCAAGUAUGUCAUCCUUUACAUUAAACGGUUCACUAAGAACACGUUCUUCUUGGAGAAAAAUCCAACCAUCGUCAACUUUCCGGUCAAAAACGUGGAUUUUGGUGAUAUCUUGACAGAGGAAAACAAGAAAACUCAUCGAUACACCAAAUACAAUCUGGUGGCAAACAUCGUGCACGACGGUGAACCCAAUUCCGGCACUUACCGGUGUCACAUCUUGCAGAAAAGCACUAACCAGUGGUACGAAAUGCAGGAUCUACAUGUAACCAACAUUCUGCCACAGAUGAUCACGCUAACCGAGGCGUACAUCCAGAUCUACGAACUCCAGGAAAGCGAUGAAACGUAA